AUGAAUCUAGCCGUUAUGCUAUGGGCAGCAUACGGUCCCGCGGGUUCCAGUCACCACGAGACGAGAUCGCUGGCACCACGAAGAGUCACUCCAUUCACAAUUGAUCCUUUACCGGCAGACCACCGAAGAGGUCUCAUAGGUGUUGGCGUUACCUCCCUGAUCUCGACUGUUUCUACGGGAGUCCUAUUCAUCGUGUUCACUUACCGCUUAGUCUACUGGCGAAAAUACUAUUCGACAUAUAUUGGCUAUAAUCAAUACAUUAUCCUGAUUUACAAUUUGCUGUUAGCGGAUUUUCAACAAGCUGUCGGAUUUCUGCUGGCAUUACAUUGGGCUAUCACGAACCGAAUAUCUGCCGACUCACACAUAUGCUUCACUCAAGGGUGGUUACUACAGAUCGGUGAUCCGUCCAGCGGGCUGUUCGUUCUGGCAAUUGCUGUCCAUACCUUCGCAAUGGUGCUGAUGGGGAGGAAACUCUCUCAUCGUUGGUUCAUAGUUUGCGUGUGUUUUGUCUGGGCCUUUGCUGUGCUUUUAACACUCAUUCCUACAUUGCGAUAUGGGAGGGAAACUUACGUUCCAUCUGGCGCAUGGUGUUGGAUCGAUGAAGUGUACGACGCAGACAGACUGUGGACACAUUACGUGUGGAUUUUUGUUGCAGAGUUCGGAUCCGUCGUGCUGUAUAUGAUCCUGUUUUUCCACCUCCGCCACCAAGUUGCACAAUCCGCCCUUCUAGGAAGAGGGCAAAAAGAACAUCUCCGCCGCCUUAGAAGAGUAAUUGGAUACAUGGUCCUGUAUCCGAUUGCAUACCUUAUCUUAUCGCUGCCACUUGCAGCUGGCCGCAUGGCGACCGCCAGAGGAGGCAAAUUAAGUGUCACUUACUUCUGCACUGCUGGUGCAGUUAUUGCCAGCUCCGGAUUCGUGGAUGUGAUCAUGUACACCCUGACCCGACGGGCGCUCCUUAUGGACUCUGAACCUAGCAACGUUGACCGCUUCUACCCUUCUCAGCGUAUCGGGCAUAGUCACAUCACAACCGUCACGGCGGACCAUAAACAGUCGCGCUUAGACAACGGCAUUCUUCACCGGCGGCAGGUGACGGAAAGGGACACUCGUGGAGAUCGUGACGGGUCGACGGAUAGCAUUGUGCAACCUCUAGAGCUCAGCGAACUUGGUAAAGUCUACCAGAAAACGACAAUUGAGAUCACGACCGAACUGGCGGAAGAUAACAGCACCUCGCCUGAUAGCUCUGUGAACGAAACGCGGAUGCCUCCACCGCCACGUACCUGGCACAGACGAUUAGAGGAAUGA